AUGGAUAUGCUUCAAACCAAAUUCCAAUAUUAUAAUACUCGAGUUGAUAGAGAAUUAUCAAAAUACCCACAGAUAAUUAACUUGGAACGACAAACUGGAAUUCCAAAAACUUAUCUUGCAGCUAGUGUUGUUGGUAUUGUUUUUGUCUUGAUCUUUUUCAAUGUCUGGGGAUCGUUGUUUUCUAACAUUAUUGGUUGGCUAUAUCCAGCUUAUGCUUCUUUCAAAGCCAUUGAAAGUGCUAAAAAAACUGAUGAUACUCAAUGGUUAACAUAUUGGCUUUCCCUUCCACCUUUUAAUGGUGCCAAGAUCGUUUAUGCUAGAGGAAUUAGACCAUUUCUUUUGGAAUACCAAGAUGCUGUUGAUGAAAAUCUUGAUAAAUGGAAAAGAAAAGUUGAUCCUUAUGUUGAAGAAGCUUUUGAUUCUUCUAGCAAUUUUGAUAGGGAUUACUAG